AAAGUACUUCGCGGCAGAGGAGAAGGGUCGCGUAUCUGGGCGUCGGAGGAGUCAGAGGCGGCGGCGAGUGAGUAGCAGUAUCACAGACCUACGCAGCGGAGCGCAUUUUUCUUUUACCACCGUCACUUCCACGUCUUCCUCUUCUUCUCUCCGCCGUGCCAUGGCAAAUUGCUCCUCACCUUCAUCAUCAUCAUCAUCUUCUUCGUUUGAUUCUGCUAACAACGGGAAGACAUGGAUCAUCAAUGGCAUUAUGGCCGGAGUAGCAAUCGCAGCAGCUGCUGGUGCUCACUCUUAUCUGACCCGUUUCAACAAAUUCCGGAGCCGGGUCGUCGGCAUCAUACCUGCCCGGUUCGCUUCGUCUCGGUUCCAGGGAAAGCCCUUGAUUCAAAUCCUUGGCAAGCCCAUGAUCCAGAGAACAUGGGAAAGGGCAAAGCUGGCAGCUACAUUGGAUCAUGUUGUUGUGGCAACUGAUGAUGAAAAGAUUGCUGAGUGCUGUCGACAAUUUGGGGCUGAUGUCGUAAUGACAGCAGAAUCUUGCCGAAAUGGUGCCGAGCGUUGCAAUGAAGCCGUGCAGAAGCUUGGGAAAAAAUAUGAUAUUGUUGUGAACAUUCAAGGUGAUGAACCACUUAUUGAACCUGAAAUAAUAGAUGGUAUUGUCAAAGCUUUGCAGGCAGCUCCAGAUGCAGUUUUCAGCACUGCAGUCACAUCUUUAAAGCCUGUAGAUGCAAAUGAUCCAAAUAGAGUGAAAUGUGUGGUCGAUAAUCGUGAUUAUGCGAUCUAUUUUUCACGAGGAUUAAUCCCAUUCAACAAGUCUGGGAAGGUCAAUCCACAUUUCCCUUAUUUGCUUCAUCUUGGGAUUCAGAGCUAUGAUGCAAAGUUUCUGAAGAUAUACUCAGAUCUUCAACCUACCCCAUUGCAACUCGAGGAGGACUUGGAGCAGCUUAAGGUCCUUGAGAACGGCUAUAAGAUGAAGGUAAUAAAAGUUGACCACGAUGCCCAUGGUGUUGACACUCCUGAAGAUGUUGAAAAGAUAGAAUCUCUAAUGCGCGAGAGGAACUUGUCUUGAACUCUUUGUUAGAGCAAUGGAAGCAGCUGCGUAUUGAGUAUUAACCAUUAACACGAGACAUCACAGAUAGAGAUGGUUUAUAUUCAUUUUUUUCUCUUUUUAAAUUACUCUUCUUGUUGCUUUCAACACAGGGGUCAAUUUAGGGAAGGGUCAUGUUAUGUAAUAACUUCCAUCUGUCACAAAACAUCUACUACAUGUUUGGGUUCGGUUCUGUCCACGGCUCACCAUGAUCCAAUGAGAAUCGUUGAAUGGUCCCGAUUUAUUAGGUUAAAGAUUCUAAUUUACUAAAA